AGUACAAGUUCAAAUGAAGGGCUGCGAUCGCUCUUGAAGCUGUCAUUGAUAAGUAACCAAACCCUAACACCAACGCAAAGAAUCACCAUUCUCUCUUGCAUAGUUUCCGGUUACCAAAUUUCUAAUAGUCACUGAAUUCGAACGAUAAUGUGGCAAGUUUCUAGGGUUACUGAAGUACCAAUUCAUGUGCGAUGUUAGAAACAUGUGGAUAAGUAAUAGAAAUCAAACGAUCCGUUUUUGGAUUUGGAAUAGGGGAGGAGUAACAAUAGUUUAAGAGGGGGACGUGACAGACCGAGGAGGGACUAUCCUUUGAGAUCGGAAGAGAAAAGUCAUCAUGGUCGUAGCAGUGCACCUCCUUCAAGACAUCUGUGGAUUGGGAAUCUAUCGCAUUCUUUAACCGAGCGUGCAUUGAGCAAUCAGUUUAGGGAGUUUGGGGAGCUUGAGAGUGUAGCAUUUCAACCUGGUCGGAGCUACGCUUUUGUCAAUUUUAUUGAUGAGGGUGCUGCGUUUGCAGCAUAUGAAGCACUUCAAGGUUUCGUUCUUGCGGGCAAUGCACUUAGAAUUGAGUUUACAAAGGCGGAGAAAUCAUCAGCAUCAAAACAUGAUGAACACUACUCACGGCCCCGAGAUGAACCACGUUCUUCAGUAAGAGGGUCUAUGUUUCCUCAAAGGGACUCUAGAACCCGCCACGCCAGCUCUGACCCCAUAUACCACAACAGGAAUGAGAAUGCAGAACAGCCCAGUGAGGUCUUAUGGGUCGGCUUCCCACAAUCAAUGAAGGUAGAUGAAGACGGUUUAUGGAAUGCCUUUGCUCCAUUCGGUGAAAUUGAAAAGAUCUCCAUGUUUCCAGGUCGAACUUUUGCUUUUGUAAGAUACAAACAUGUUAAUUCUGCAUCUCGGGCCAUAAACAAUUUACAGGGUAAAUUGUUUAACAACCCCAGAGUACACAUAUCUUUUGCAAAGAGUGAUUCUGGACCGUCAAACACAUCCCCUCGGGGCAGACGCCAUGAUAGGUACCAUGACACUGAGCACACCAGAAGAUCCAGAUCCCCUCGAUAUAUGGAUCCUGAGGGUCUUGAUGAUGGCAUGGGUUUUGAUAGAAAGCGUAACAGGCCGACCGGCAGGAAUGCUCCAUUCGAACCACCUAGGUUCCAUGACGUGGGGCCCGAUAUGGGAUUACCUGGAAAUAUGUAUGGACGAAAUAGUCCAAUUAGGGAUAGGGUGGGCCCGGGGUUUCAUGAUUAUCCACCUCAGAGCUUCCGCCAUCAAGGCCCGUUAUAUAAUGAUGAAGACGAAUGGGAUUUGCCUGAAGACGCGUUGGUUUAUCACGGUGCGAAGAAACUGAAGAGUAAUCUGGUUGUACCUCAUGAACAACCUGAGCUUCCAGAGUAUCCAUUUUUUGAAUCUGAACAAGUGAAACACGUUCUUCCACGAGCACCUGAGUUUCCCCGUCAUGACAUGAUUGAUAAUAACUUGGGGCAUUUUGGGUACCACAAGCAAAUCAUCCCUGAUCAUCCACCUGUUAACAUCCCUCAACAACCGUUUGUUGGUAGGGGUAAUUCUGGUAAUUCAUCUUAUGAUAGUUUCCAGACCGGUUUAGCUCCAUCGGCUCAGAAUCCUGUUGAAUGGAAACGAUCGACUCCUGAACCUGCUACUGGAGAGUGGAAAUGGGAAGGGGUUAUUGCAAAGGGAGGGACAUCAAUCUGUCGUGCUCGUUGCUUUCCCGUUGGGAAAGUACUUGACAUGAAUUUGCCCGAGUUCUUGGACUGCACUGCGAGGACUAAUUUAGAUGUCCUGGCAAAACAUUACUAUCGCGCUAGUAAGUCAUGGGUUGUCUUCUUUGUUCCUGAAAGUGAUGCGGAUAUGGGGUUUUACAACGAAUUCAUGAACUAUUUGGGAGAAAAAGAGCGCGCUGCAGUGGCUAAACUUGAUGACAAAACCACCUUGUUUCUUGUACCCCCAUCAGAUUUUUCAGAGAAAAUACUCAAAGUACCUGGAAAACUUAGCAUUUCUGGUGUCAUUCUGAGGUUAGAUUCGUCUUCUUCCGGUGUCGAGCCGCUUCCACCACCACCACCACCACCACCGCUACCACCACAACCACAUCCGUAUCUCGUCUCCUCUCAUGGAGAAGAUCCCAGAUCAUCAUUUGCAUCACCUUCCGGAACCUAUCCACCGUUUUCAAAUCAUGGAAAACCUAGAGCUAAUUCAUCGUUACCCGGGCUACCUCUUGGUCCGGUGCCAUUCAGGAACAUGGUUGAGCCUGUUGUAGAAAACACACAGGACCAUGUGCACCACCAGCAGCAGCAGCAGAAUCUAAUCGCGGGUGGUAGAAACUUAGCACCACCAUCACGAGGCGGUGGUGAUUUCAUGAUCCCGCCUUCAAACGAUUCCGUUAGCUCAAGUGGUUACAGACCUGGAAGUCCUACCAUUGUGCCACAAUAUGGUCAACAAGUAGCAGGCGGCAUCCAACAAGAUCAACUCGCACAGCUGGCAUCGUAUCUUGGGAAUGCGAGGCAAUCAAUGGGAGAAGAUUUUAGGCAGAUGAGUAAUAUGGUCACAUCUGAUAAUGUUUACGGAAUGCCACAAACGCAUCCUUCACCAAAUUUGCAGAUUGGUUCUGAGCAUCAUCCAGCACCACCACAGUACCAUCAUGUGCAAACGCAACAAGUUCAGCAGCAACAAGUGUCGAACAUAGCACCGGUGGGUCAAAGCGGUCAAGUAAACGCGCAAGAAGGAGAUCCGGAUCCACAGAAACGAUUGCAGGCGACGUUAGAGUUGGCUGCAACUCUUCUCAAGCAGAUCCAACAAGGGAAAACUUAAGUUAAAACAAGUCUAGUAACUUUAAAAAGUAAGAACAUAGCAAGUGGUUUUCUGUUUGGUCAAGAAUCUGAUGUGUUUGUAGUUUGAUGGUGGUUGAUGUUUCAUAAGAUUUUUGUUUCAACACGUGGUCUUAAGUUGUUUACCAUUUUGGCUGGUUA